AUGGAGGCAAAGGCGGCAGAACUUCUGGCGGUCUUCAAGAACCCCAACGUCUCUAUUGACUCCCGAGUCGCCCACCUGACCGCCAUCAAAUCCGAUAUCAAGCAAAAGAACGUCCCCGAGAGCGCAAUUGUGACCAUCUUUGAUACCCUACGACUUGCUAUCAAUUCUCAACAUUACUCAGUGGCGAGCGCCGGCUUUUCCACCUUGGGCCAUUUCUUGAAGCGUCUUUCAAUCCAAGACCAGCAACAAUGGAUUCUCAGCCAAGCGUCCAACUUCUAUCCCAUCUUGUUGGAGCGGCUGGGUGAUCACAAGGAACGCGUGCGGGCCCAGUCCGCAUCCAUCUUCACCGAACUUUGGUUACACGCAAACAACGAAGCCGAGUAUUAUGUGUUGCAGUGUGCUCUAGUGGGUAAGAACCCAAGGGCCAAAGAAACGAGUAUGCUCUGGUUAUCAUCUAUGACGAAGAACCACGGUUUGUUAAUCCGACAGUACGUGCCCCCACUGGUUGCGUGCUUAGAAGAUGCCGACAGUUCUGUUCGAGAUACGGCCAGAUCGGUUGUGGUGGAGUUGUUUCGAAAUGGUUCUGCGAGGGCCAAGUCAGACCUACAAAAACAGAUUGUGGCUCGUGGGGUGAGGAAGUCCAUCGCGAACGCCAUCUUGUCAAGCAUUGGUCUUGGCUCUGGAGAGUUGGAAAGCUCAAAUAGACCUGUCUCCCGCGUCGAGCGGCCGAUAUCAGUCAUGUCGUCCCGCUCACAUACUGUCGAAUUAUACGAUGAUGAACAUGAAUCGCGAACCCGAUUGGCCCCAUCAAGAGGCCACCAAGAUCGCUCGACACCUGGGCCCCCGGAAGCCCCAAGUCGACCCAAGACCCCAGCUGAGACACCCCAUACCCAGAAGUCCCUUUCGGAGGAGGAUGGCGUUGAGCCCUUGCUAGUUUCUUCGUCUCGAGACGUUGAAGAUACCGUACGGGAUAUGGCCUAUUGGUUUGAAGGUAAAGAAUCCGAGGAUAAUUGGAUAAAACGUGAAAAAAGCGUUAUCCUUCUCCGAAGACUCACUCGUGGUAACGCGCCCCAUGAAUUCCUACAGUCUUUCCUCCAGGGCAUAAAAUCCCUUUUGGAUGGAAUUUUCAAAGUUAUCUGUGGCCCAAAAAUCGACGGCAUGGUCGAAAUAAUGAUGCAGAACUUGAUGAAGCUGUGCGGAUCUCUGAAGAAGAUUGCAGCACAGAAUGGAUGUGCUACAGUCGACGCUGUCAUUGGAAAUGUGACAUUCAACAUACGUAUUCUACAACACGUUCACUGGGCUUCACAAGAUAAGAAUGUGCAGCUGCGCCUUUCAGCCCCUGGAUGGCUGCGAACCUUGAUUUAUCGACAAUCUCACCAUAAAAGCACGGUUGAACAUGGUGGCGGCUUGGACCUCAUCGACAAGUCUCUCAGGAAGGGCCUUGCUGACGCCAACCCCGGUGUGAGAGAGGCAGUACGAAGCACCUUUUGGACUUUCUUCGGCGUAUGGCCCGACAGAGCAAACCUGAUUUUGUCUGAUCUCGACACCAAGUCGCGCAACCUGUUGGAGAAGGACCCGUCGAAUCCUAACACGGGCCAGACGGCGCCCGCCUCUGCUAGCAAGAGUGCCAGCGGCCCCGCGGCUGCUCGUUCUGCAUUGAAAGAGGCCAUUGCCGCUAAGAGGAAGGCUGCCAACAUGAAUUCCCGCCCCGAGUCUGCCCAGCCAACUUUCAAUGAUACCAAGGCGCCAGAGCCCUCCAGGUCGACAGCAAGAACGGUUCCUACCGGUGCCCCUCUUUCGUCCUUGUCCUCCGCCCCCAUGCGCCCUGCGAUGAAACCACGACGAGCUGAAAUAAGUCGUCCGGCAACUGCAGAUCCGUAUGCGUCUCGGCCAAGCUCUAGAGCAGCCCAAUCGUCUAGCAAGACGCCUGUUAGCUCUCCAAGAUCAGUGAGAUCCAAAGCCACCACACCCUCAUCCAAAACAAUAUCUGCUCCCCGUCUCCGGCCUCACGAGGCAGGCCAAACCGGAACAACUAGAGGCAAACCUAAGAAGCUCGAUCUUUCCAAAUCCAAGUCCCACGGGGACCUCGCAGCUGCGAGUCAUGCGCGUAGCAAUUCUGAAGAUAGUGUCGCAAAUCAGAAUGCUCUCCACAGCUCACAGGCCGAUCUACUGCGUGCCUCGCAAGAACCAGAUCAGCCAGCAAAUGUUUCUCUUUCUCUGGAAGAGCCCGUUACUGUGCCUUCGCCGAGCACCCCCAGACUGGACCCCACUGUGCCACACCAUUCCGAUGUGGAAGCCGAACCGGAAUCUCCUCCCAAGAUCCAGCCUGACGAAAUGGUCAUAUAUGAAGACCCUGACACCCCUGUUGCCGUUGAAGCCGACACCCCUGAGAUGGCGCCUGUUGAGCAUUUCACGCCACAGAAGUCCCCAGCAAGAUCUCCGACGAGGUCUCCUGUGAGAACACCACGCCAUGCUCAUCACGAGCAGGCUCCGGCCGAGGAUAUCGUAGCACAGACCCCGGCUGACCUGGCGACGCCGACUAAGAAUUCCUCUAUUGAACUGAGUCCCCAACAGGGUUCAGCCAAGGAUACUGUGGCCAAUGAACCCCACUUUCAAUCGCCAAUUCGGAGAACACCCCUUCGAGGUAGUCCUUCACCUUCAAGGAAUCGCUUUCAAUCUACAUCUCCCGAAAAAGGGAUGGGGAUAAGCCCUGCUUCAGCACAGGAACCAUCAAGGGAACCCAUGACAGAGGAAAACCUCACCAACGAGAAUGCCACGCCCCAAAACAAAGUUCCCGACUAUUCAAUAGUACCUUCGUCUGCCGUCAAGCCCGGGGCCCUGGAAGAGGUAUCUCCUAAUGAGUCAGCAACGAGAAGCGUCGAGCCAAGGCAAAGAUCCUUUGAAUCUUUGGCCCAUUCAACGGGAGAGGAGACGUUACGUCGCAGUCGAAAGUGGGCUGAAAGACAUCGAAGCCCAAGUCCUCGAUCGAAGGACCCCGCCAAUGCGAGAGAGAUGCUUCCCAAGGCCCUCAAGCGCAUCGGUACAAAGACUAUGGAUAUUUCCGGCUACCGAAAACUGCAAGGGCUUUUCCAAUAUCAUGGCGAAGAGCUCAUCUCUCAAGAUAAGGAUUACUAUGAAGUACUUGGGGCCCUUCUGCAUGAACUCGAAUCUGCGCCAAUGAACCGCAAGGACCACGACGUGAAAACUCAGAUUCUUGCUACGAUCCGCUCUAUGCUCAUCCGAACCAGCGAGAUGUUCCACCAGUAUGACAUUCCUGCGAUGGCCUCCCUCAUUCGGGCUCGCCAGCAUUACGAAUCCAACUCGCACUUUGUCACUUGCCUAGAGGAAGUUGCAGAGCAGUUAGUCACCUUGGUCCCGACUUCGGUCUCUAUCAAAGGUGUUCUACAGGGACUGGACCUGGGUGAGGAUGUUAACAGCGAGGGAGCUUACCGAUCAAUCAUCUUGGGGCUGUCCACCAUGCAUCAAGCCCUCGCCCAAGGAAGUGAGGAAAUCUCCGACGAAGUCCUCGCCAGUAUCGGAGAUGUGGUUAGCCAAGAGCUCAACCACUCCCGACCAGGUGUGCGCAAGCAAGCCACUGAGCUGUGUACCCUUCUGAACCUUAAAUUCGGACUUGACCGCGUUCAGAAGCUCACUCAGCCGGCAGGGGAGGGAUCACUCAACCUGCUCACCUAUUUCAUGGCCCGCCGGUCUCAGUGA